AAGCUGAUUGUUGACUUUGAUUAAUCAAUGGAACAAUUAAUUAAAUUGAUUAGUCGAUUAAUCGAUCCAUCGAUGUAAAUGUAAACAAAGACACACAUGUUAACAUUUCCGUAGAGAUUUAAUUGAACUUGUUAAUUUGUAAAUCUUUUUGCUGAUUGUUGCUAAUUGUUGUUUGACUUUUCUUUGCCCACCAAAUUAAUUAAAAAUGUCCAGAGGAAGAGGAAGAGGAGGUCGUGGUUAUACAUUCAACUUGGAAUCCAUAGGAAUCGGUAAAGGUGAACAAUUACCUGGUCCAAGUCUCGCACCUCCGCCUUUGUAUCCAAAUUUACCUGUUAAACCAGCGCCAAUUAUUCCGGCUCGAGGUGAUAAUAUUAAUUAUCUUUAUGAUGUAAAACAAUCAAUGAUGUCAUCAUUUAGAUCAUCUAAAUACUAUUUGGUUCCACCUAAGGUUAAACUGACCGUUCAAAGGUAUUCGGAUAAAUUUGAUGUUACCAAUAACCCGACCUCAAGCCAAGAUUUAAACUCGCUAGAUUGGAGAUUAUUCCCUGAAGAACUUAAACCGAGUAAAAAGGCUAAAAAAGUGAAAGCAAAGAAAAUUCUAGAAGUUGGUGAUUUAAAUCAAAUAUUAAAGAAGAGAGAAGAGGAAGAAGAAAAUGGCGAAAAAAGUCCAAAAUCGGAAAAAGACGCAAGUGAACCAGAAGAUGAGGUGGAUUCAGAUGAAGGAGAAAAAGACGAAGAAGACAUUGAAGAGGACACUGAUUAUGCUCGUAGCUAUUUCGAUAAUGGUGAAGGUUUUCUUGAAGAAUCAGAUGACAAUUUAGAUGAAGGUCCAGUGUACUAAAUCAACGACGAUUAUAAAUCUCUCACUCCCUUUCAACCAUCGAAAUCAAAAGUAACUUGAUUCUACUGGAAACUCUUUCAUAUGUGUAUUCAAUCAAUCACCAUACUCGAACCUUUGGAAUUGGUGUUUUCUUUCAACAUCCAUGAUGUUAUUUUGUUAUUUAACGAUAAUUUGACAAUAUUGUUUAUCUCUAA